AGCAUAUCGACUCCAAUUGAUCUUGCUUUUCAAUUCCAACGGUGUUAGAAAGCGAGGAUCGUCGAAAUUAAUAACGAUGAGUUCCUCUGAAACUCUUCCUCCGCCACAAGACGGUAGACCGGGGUUGCUCCUCGUUGUCGAAGGCCUAGACCGCUCGGGCAAAUCAAGCCAAUGCCAACGACUCUACGAGAAUAUCACUGCACAAGGCAGAGAGGCGCGUUAUGUCAAAUUCCCGGAUAGGACAACACCAACGGGAGUGAUGAUCAACAGCUACCUCACAAGCAAAACCCAGCAAGACGACCAUUCAAUCCAUCUCCUCUUCUCAGCCAACCGAUGGGAAGCCAUCAAAGGUAUUGAACGCGACCUGGACGCAGGAGUGGAUGUGAUUGUCGACCGAUACUCCUUCUCCGGAGCCGUCUAUUCAGCUGCCAAAGCUAACCCCGACUUGUCACUGGAAUGGGCCUGGUCUCCUGAAAUUGGCUUGUUGAAGCCCGAUAUGCUACUAUUCCUCGACAUUUCGCCCGAAGACGCAGCCAAACGUGGCAACUACGGAGAGGAACGCUAUGAAACGGAGAUGAUGCAACUGCGCGUUCGCACUUUGUUCAAGAACCUGUUCUCGAGACUGGAUAAUGUGGCGGUCGAGAUAAUUGAUGCUGGCCAAGCUAUGGACAAAGUCACAAAUGAUAUCCUGGCCGUGGUCAACGGCAAGAAGCGCAGUGUUUUGCAAGAGCGAACCCGUGAAAAGCUAGGAGCAUUACUGCCUGAGAUGAUCGCUUCGAAACCAGAGUCUUUGUCAUAAGUCGUCCUCGCUAUCUUCUAUCACAAUCUCGAGCCUCGUGCCAGAUUUCGCCUUGAUUGGGCUAGGUCCGAGGUUCGACGCCUGACUGAACUCAGAGUCCAUUGACGUCACCGAAUCACGGUCAUUGUCAUGAUCAUCAUCACUACGGACGACAUCUUGAUCUAUCACAUCCUGCAUGUCUAUGGCUUCACCGUCCAUCUCAUCCUCGCCCUCGUCAUCUUCAUCUUCAUCCUCUGUCUCGAGGAUCUCGGCUGCUGUGGCUAUUUGGCUCUUGCCUUUUUUCUUAAGCAGCUUGGCCACUUCUUUGACUCCUCUGGUCUUGACUGUGACUUGUUGCAUCAGCUCCAACCAGG